GUCACUUUAUUUCUCCCGCCUCAACCCUCGCCUCUGGCGCGAGACUUCGCCGGAACCCGAUUUUCUCAACGUGUUUCUAUGGCAACCGUCGGGUCGUCGCCUUGAAAAAAAUCAAAAGCCUCCCCUUCUUCUAGAAAAGCAGAAGGCUGAUUAGAUUGUUCUUCAACAGAAUAAAAGCUGGGCUAUUAAAUCCAGUCACCGCCGGAUUUCGAUAGCGGGAACCUCUUCACGACCGGUAAGCGGGCGGAGACGGGCCGACGAGCCCUCUGGGAAACGAGGUCUCGCGCUGGCGCCGAGGGUCCCGCGUGGAGAAAUUCCGAGAUUCGCGCGGCACCGGAAGUGGCUGUGAGGAGGUCGGUGUGAGGGGAUUCGGGUCUCCGGCUCCAGCCGGGACGGACGCGCGUCUGUUACCUCGGCGGACCGCCACCUCGAGGGAGACUCAUGUUCUGACUCAUCCUACUUCUGGACAUUUUGGGGGCUCAUCCAGCAUGGCCAGGAAGUCAGUCCUAGAAGGAAGGAAGACUGUCUCCCCGUUUCCUUAUCCUUCCUGCGGCCCUGCCAGCUGGGAACAUGGAGGGGAAGAAGGGGGAGCUUAAACUAGGACUCGGGCUGCUGGGCCUAGUCGGCUAUUACUGAGUAACUUGCAACCCUCAAGGACGUGGCCAUGGACUUCACUUUGGAGGGCUGGGAGCAGCUGGGGCUGGACCAGGGGGACCUGUUCUGGGACACGGCACUGGACAACUACCAGAAUCUCUUCUUGCUGAACCCCCUGAGACCCAAUCAGACCGCCUAUCCAGAUGGUGGAGAAGAGCUGGAGGUCCUGGAGAGAGGAAGUCCAGAAGUGACAGGCCCUGACACAGCCGAGGCCAAGAUUUCCCCUUUGCCACAGGAAUUCUCGGAAGGACUCUCUCAGGAGAUAUUGGAGACGUUUUCCAAGGAUGGCCUCUGGAACUCUAACUUUGGAGAAGGCUACAUGGGCGAGAGCUGGUUAGAUAGUUUGCUAGGAGAUCCAGAAAGUCUUAUGAGCUCUGACAUUGUCACCAACAAGGAAAGCUUCACAGAGGGCAAGAGUCAUGAACUCAAGAGUGGCCUCGAUCCUGAGUCCUUCCUUUUCACAGGAGAAGAUUCCCUGGCCCAUGAUCUUUCCGAGAAGAGCCUGACGCCAGCUAAGUCUCAGGAAUGUAGGAAUGACAUUGGCUCCCACUCAGACCAGAGUCAGCAGGAUACUGUCCAGGAAGGGAUGAGACCAUAUAAAUGUAGUGAAUGUGAGAAGAGCUUCAGCCGGAGUUGCCAUCUUAUCCAGCACUGGAUUACUCAUAUAGCGGAGAAACCAACUGGGAAUCAAGAGUAUGAGGAUAGUUUCAACCAGAUUUCUUGCCUUCCUGUCUAUCCAACAACUCACACAGGUCCCAAAUCCUAUGUGUGUAACAAAUGUGGGGAAACUUUUAGUCACAACACUCACCUUCUGUGGCAUCAAAAAAUUCACACUGGAGAAAAAACACAUAAGAGUCAAGACAGUGACCAUUCAUCAGGUCUUGUCUCGAAGCCUGUUGAAAAGCAGAAAACCCACAGAAUUCGUAAAUCCUACAAGUGUAAUGAGUGUGGCAAGGGUUUCAGCCGAAACUAUCAUCUUAUUCAGCAUCAGAAGACCCACACUCGGAAACGCUAUGAAUGUGUCAAAUGCAAGGCCACCUUCAACUUUAACAAAUACCUCCUCCAACAUCAGAAAAUUCAUGUUUCAAAAACUACCUCUAAGUGUCAGGAAUGUGGGAAGACCUUCAGGCAUAGCUCAUCCCUCAUUAAACACCAGGCUAUUCACUCGGGAGAAAAGCCUUAUAAGUGUGAUGAGUGUGGGAAAUGCUUCAGCCAUACCUUCACCCUAAAGAGCCACCAGAGGGUUCACAGUGGAGAGAAGCCUUACAAAUGUAGUCAGUGUGAGAAAGCCUUCUACCGGAACACUCAUCUGAAUGAACAUCAGAGGAUUCACACGGGCUACAGGCCCUACAAAUGUAACAAAUGUGUCAAAAGUUUCAGCCGGCCUUCCCACCUGAUUCGACACCAGUCUGUUCAUGCCACAGAAAAGCCCUACAGCUGUGCUGAAUGCAGUGCGACCUUCAGCCAUAAUGAACGUCUUAUCCAACACCAAAAAAUGCAUGCUGUGGAAACCCGCUACGAAUGUCAGGAGUGUGGUGAGCGCUUCAUUUGCAGUUCGACCCUAACUUGCCACCAGAGCAUUCACACCCAAGAAAAACAAGGACUUGAUGGGAGCGGAAAGAUUUUGAAUCAGAACCUAGAACAGAAAGAUCAUCCGAGGAGUGGUGAGAAGCACUUUAAAUGUAACACAUGCGAGAAAACGUUCAGCUGCAGCAAAUACCUGACUCAGCAUGAGAAACUUCACACCAGGGAGAAGCCCUUUGAGUGUAAACAGUGUGGGAAGGCCUUUGUCCAAAGUGCACAGCUCAUUCGCCACGAGAUCAUACACUCUGGAGUGAGGCCAUAUAAAUGUGAGGAGUGUGGGAAGGCCUUCAUCCGAAUCACCUCCCUUACCAAACAUCAGAACAUCCACAAGAGUGAGCACCCCUUUAAGUGUAAUGAAUGUGGAAAGACCUUCAGCCAAAGUGUACAUCUCUCAGAACAUCAGUUAACUCACACUGCAGAGAAACCCUUUAAAUGUAAUCAGUGUGACAGAGUCUUUGUGCACAGUAAGUACCUUACUCAGCACCAGAAAAGUCAUGCCAGGAAGAGAUCUUUUGAAUGUAAUGAAUGUGGAAAAACAUUUAGACACAGCUGGCGCCUUUCUAAGCAUCAGAGAAUUCACACAGGUGAGAAUCCAUAUAAAUGUGAUGAAUGUGGAAAAGCCUUCAGCCUGAAAGCUGUACUUGUUCGACACCAGAGAGUUCACACCAGAGAAAAGCCUUAUGUUUGUCAGGUAUGUGGGAAAGCCUUCAGCCAGAACUCGUGCCUUUCUAUUCACCAGAGAGUUCACACUGGAGAGAAGCCCUAUCUGUGUGCUGAAUGUGGGAAAGCCUUUUCCCAGAAAGCAAAUCUGAGGCAGCACGAGAAAAUUCACACUGGGGAGAAGCCUUACAUCUGUGAUGUAUGUGGGAAAACCUUUAGCCUCAGUUCCCAUCUCAGUCAGCACCAAGUAAUUCACACUCAAGAAAAACAAUAUCAGUGUCAACACUGUCAAAAAGCCUUUGGCUGCUACUUAGGUCUCUGCCGACACCAGCAAGUUCACACUCAAAAGUAACUAGCAAUACCACCUGUGGUCACCAGGUGACAGCAAGACCUGACAUCUGAGCCCUAAAAUUGAAACCAUCACACAUUGUAAGUCUAUCCUUUCCCUACCCCUAUCCCCAAAAUAUAUAUAGAUCUCUAUAUUAAUAAAGAUUGAUUAGAAAGUUUGCACACAAGUUUCAUUAAGACAAUGAAAACACAAAAGAAGCUGUGUAGUAUCCAAAUUCAGAGGUAGACUCUGUAGCCAGUCUCCUGAGUUAAAUUUCACCUCUGCCAUCUGCUGCCUAAGUGACCUAGAGAGAGUCACGAAACUUCUCAGGGCCUCAGUAUCCUCAUCUGUAAAACAAGUAAAAUAAUAGUUACCUACCUCAGAGAGAUGGUGUGAGGAUAAAUUGAUGUAAAGCACUUAGAACUGAGUGCCCAGCACAUAAGUACUCACCAAGCAUGAGGUAUACAUAUACAAC